AGAGAGCGCGAGAGAUGCAUGGGAGCAGCGGUGAUAGAAAAAGAGCAUCUUCGCUGUGUCUAAUCACCGCAUCCUUAUAUGUGCAAUUAAUGUUACCAUUAUAAAGCCAGGAUUGUAGAGAAUCGGCUACAGAGAGGGAGAGGGAGCGAGAGGGAGAGAGAAGGAGAGAGAGAGGGCGAGAGAGGGUUGAGGGAGAGAACGGGACCGAAAGAGAGAGCGAGAGCCCCCCCAGCCCUACGCAAGCGCGCAAAAAAAGAGGAGCGCGGAGCUUUUUUGUGGGGUGUCAAUUUCACAUAUGAAGCCAGUUUUUUUGAAGGAGGCCUGUCGGUCCGAUGUAUGGAGAAGCUUUUCAGGAUAAUGAUCGGACUGGAGAGGACACACAGCGUUGACUGCAAAUAACGCGCAAAUUUGACGCCAUUGCAUUGCGCGUCCAUUCGUUAUUCCCAGCGCGAAUCAUUCUUUCUUCUGAAUUGCAACAUUUAAGUAAAAAAAUAAUAAUUGUGAGCUUUAAAGUGUGUAGUCUGCGCGGAAUGAGAGGAGGCGCAGGAGGAGGAGGAGGAAGAAGGGGCUGCUGUGCUUUUUGGGGGGUGGAAACGCUGGACGGAACCCGGGAAGGUGUGCUGAUGUGCGGAUGCCUCUGAGUCUCCUGAGAAAUAAUCACGUCCGCACAAGAAAUGGCCUAGUUACAAACACCAGAGGAUACUAAAGGGACUUAAACUCGUUUACGACCGCCGUCAUCCUCGGAAAUGCGCCGCUUUUUUCUGAAGGUGUUGUUGGCCCCCUGACUGCAGCUUUGGACCAUCAAAAGAAGAAGACACAUGAGCCUCCUGGUUCAACUUGAGAAUGUUACCAAAACCACCACAGCACCAUGUCACCCAAGGAAAACUAUUAACAAAAGUCCUCUUUUUGCCUUCGCUCUCCUCUAUGACUGUGAAUCUGUGAUCAUCAAGCUGAUGUCUUAUUAAGAUGACAAAAGGAGCUUUUAUUUUGGACAUGCUUUUUCCUCUCUAUGCUGCCGGCCACCAAGGCUUUGGUGGGAAACGUCAACGUACCCCUCAAAGGAAUGCCAACCCCUGUCUGGUUUGGCUCCUGGGGAUCGUACUACACCUGACCCUCUCCUCGUGUCAGCGAGUUGACAAAAACCCGAUAAUAUCCACGGGCUAUGGAAAGAUACGUGGCGUCAGAAAGGAGCUCAACAACGAGAUCCUGGGCCCCGUGGAACAAUACUUGGGAGUACCCUACGCCACCGCGCCCAUUGGCGAACGGCGCUUUCAGCCCCCCGAGGCUCCCGGGUCCUGGCAGGAGAUCCGUAACGCCACCCAAUUUGCGCCCGUGUGUCCCCAAAAUGUUCACGGGGUGUUACCUGAGAUCAUGCUCCCUGUGUGGUUCACAGACAAUCUGGAUGCUGCAGCUACCUAUGUUCAGAACCAGAGCGAGGACUGCCUUUACCUCAACAUCUACGUACCAACAGAGGAUGGUCCACUCACGAAAAAACAGGACGAAUCGACAAUGAACAGACCAAGGGAUGAAGAUAUUCGAGAUCGACGUAAGAAGCCAGUGAUGUUGUUCAUCCACGGCGGCUCCUACAUGGAAGGCUCAGGGAACAUGUUUGAUGGCAGUGUCCUUGCGGCGUAUGGAAAUGUCAUCGUGGUCACCAUGAACUAUCGACUGGGCGUGCUUGGCUUUUUGAGCACAGGGGACCAGUCUGCCAAGGGGAACUACGGUUUGCUGGAUCAGAUCCAGGCGCUGCGUUGGCUCAAUGAAAAUAUCGGCCACUUUGGAGGAGACCCGGAGAGAAUCACCAUCUUUGGCUCGGGGGCCGGUGCUACCUGUGUGAACCUUCUUAUCCUCUCUCACCACUCUGAAGGUCUGUUUCAGAGGGCCAUUGCUCAGAGUGGUUCCGCUAUUUCCAGCUGGUCAGUCAACUACCGCCCGGUCAUGUACACCAAGAUUCUGGCUAAGAAAGUUGGUUGCACCCUGGGGGAUAUGGCCGAGUUGGUGGACUGCCUGAGGAGGAAGAGCUUCCGGGAGCUGGUGGACCAAGACAUACAGCCCGCGCGAUACCACAUUGCCUUCGGACCUGUUGUGGAUGGUGACGUGGUGCCUGAUGACCCGGAGAUUCUGAUGCAGCAGGGUGAGUUCCUGAACUAUGACAUAUUGCUGGGUGUCAAUCAAGGAGAAGGCCUGAAGUUUGUGGAUGACAGUGAAGGAGAAGAUGGGAUAUCCGCACCCUCGUUUGACUACACCAUCUCCAACUUUGUGGACAAUCUUUAUGGAUAUCCUGAUGGUAAAGAUAUUCUGAGGGAAACCAUAAAGUUCAUGUAUACAGACUGGGCUGACCGGGACAACAGUGACAUGCGGAGGAAGACCCUCUUGGCUCUCUUCACAGACCACCAGUGGGUGGCUCCAGCCGUAGCCACCGCCAAGCUGCAUGCUGAGUUCCAGUCGCCCGUGUUCUUCUACACUUUCCACCACCACUGUCAGACGGAGGCAAGGCCUGAAUGGGCCGACGCAGCCCACGGAGAUGAGAUCCCCUAUGUGUUUGGCAUUCCCAUGGUUGGAGCCACUGAUUUAUUCCCAUGUAACUUCUCAAAGAAUGAUGUGAUGCUCAGUGCUGUGGUCAUGACGUACUGGACCAACUUUGCCAAGACGGGUGAUCCGAACCUACCAGUUCCCCAGGACACCACGUUCAUCCACACCAAGCCGAACCGUUUUGAAGAAGUCAUCUGGACCAAGUUCAGCUCCAAAGACAAGCAGUAUUUACAUAUCGGCCUCAAGCCGCGCGUCAGAGACAACUACCGGGCCAACAAGGUAGCCUUCUGGCUGGAGUUGGUGCCGCACCUCCACAGCCUCCACAAGCAAAUAAUCAGCUCCAUCACCACCCGACUGCCACCCAGGGGGAACAACCACGGUAAGGUCAACCACAACACGGGUACCCACUCCACAAGGCACCCGGUAAUCUCCACCUAUCCACCUGAGCCGGACGGCUCCGAGAGGCCCCGAAACACUCCCUUCCCUCCGGAGACGAGGGAUUACUCCACGGAGCUAAGUGUGACGGUGGCUGUGGGCGCUUCUCUCCUUUUCCUCAACGUGUUGGCCUUUGCUGCACUGUACUACAAACGAGACAAGCGGCACGAACUCAUGCAGAGGCGUCACCGCCGCCUGUCCCCCCAGCGCGGCACCACCAUGGGCAUGGGCGUCGGCCUCGGAGUCGUGGGGUCCCCGCCGCACAACGACCUGGCACUGAGCCAGGAAGAAGAGCUGAUGUCACUGCAGAUGAAGCAGCAAAGAGUGGAGCUGGAUCACGGCACGCCCCUCCCUUCCCGUGGCAUCCAUGGUGACCUGGAACCCUUGCGGCCCCCGGUGUGCCCGCCUGACUACACGCUGGCGCUGCGGCGGGCACCGGAGGAUGUGCCGCUCAUGACGGCCAACACCAUCACCAUGAUCCCCAGCACCAUCAGCAGUAUGCAGCCCCUCCACCCUUUCAACACGUACCCUCCCGUGCCAGCCCCGUCCACUACACCCGUCCCCAGCCACAGCAACAAUGCCUUGCCACACCAACACUCCACCACUCGCGUAUAGGACCCGGCACAACCUCUGCGGCCCCUUUGUAGGCGCACCCCAUACAUCGCCCGCCACCCUCAUCAUGCUCUACACUUCUUUACUAGGUGUUUUUCAUGAAGCCCUUGAAUAAAGCUGCAGUUUGUAAGAUUUUAAGCAGUGACAAAUACCUCGAUAAAGUAGUCGUAGUCACAGUCAAGGUUGGGUCGACUGAUUGCUGAGAGACAAGCAAUGGCAAAUAACGUUGUGCAUUAAAAUCUUAUUCUUCCGCUUGCUUUACUCACUAGCCCCGGCCACCAGCACUCGAGGACUCAAAAGUGUUCGGCUGAUUAUUUCUUUAGCCUAAAUUUAGUGUUCCGAGUCCCGUUUUCUUUUUUUUCGAAAAUUUAAGGUAAACUAAGGACACCAAAAGACAUGAUGCCGUGGCAUUGCUUUUAAGCGCUUAGUAGGCUACUAAUCAGAUUGCUCUGAUGUCAACCCCGCGCCACUCGCUGCCUGUCGGGGACAUUUUUUCAUGAGCAUUAUCAUUAUGUGCGGUGAUAUCUCAACUAGAUACAGGCCUCGAUUCAUUUCUCUCAUGUCAACUCAGCAUUCACAUGGAAUUUAUGAGCGCAGUCUUUGUAUUCUCCUGCUAAUUUCAAACAUAGCUAAUAGCACAGCCAUUUGCCAUCACAUUCAUACGACACAAUAGAACGUUAGCUUUAUUUUCUUUCAGCUCAAAAAUGAAAUAUGCAGAAAUGUGAGGUGGAUGGAAUCGGUGCAAGGUUCAAGCACUUACUAAAUAUUUAAUCAGAUCACUCUGAUGUCAUCACUAUGCUGCUCACAGCGCCUGAGGGGCAUAGGGAACGGUAUUUGGGGAUCGCUAUGAUUGGGAGUGAUGUCUUUUACCAGUAUCAUAGUCCUCGAUUCAAUGCAUUCUUAGUGAAUUCAGCUCUGCAUUUACGUUGCAUAUUGUAACUUCUUGUUUUUCGUUCUACUAUGCUGAAAAAAAUUAAUCAUGGUAAUAGCGUAGCCAUUUGCCAAUGCACAAUUUAACCAAAAACACCAACAUGAGGGUCAAUGAAAGAUUAUUUUACCCAAUAUUAGACAGGAUGGGUUAACUACUUAAAUGUAUUGUCUUAAUUUGCUGGGUGACAGCAUUUCUCUGCAAUGACAUGCAAUUUCUUUGCACAUUUUUAGUUGCUGAAGUCUUCAUGGGUUUAUCAUAGGUCAAAAGAAUUUCUUCACUGAUGAAGUGUAAAACGCAUGAGCUUUGCCAGAGACAGUAUUUGCCCAAACACUCUGUCUGUCACGAGCCAGUGGUUUCUUGAAAUUUACAAAUUGCAGCUUUAAGGCCCAAUCUGGAAGUGAGACUUGGUGGCGUGGGUUUAACAAGAUGCUCCAACAGCUGCUACUGUGUUUUAUGGGAAAUCUUUGACGGGGCUGAGACAAGAUUUUUUGAAAAAAAUGGCAUUGGGGUUUAAAAUGGAAUUUUCUGUCUCAGUCUUGGAUAUGUCAUUUUGAUAUUUCCAGAUUGGGGCUUUAACUUAUGGGUAGUACAAGGAAGUAAACAUAAUCAGUCUGUGGGUUGUAACCUGGAAUUCAGGCUGCCCAUUAUAGUCAUUACAUCUUGUCCACAAUGGCUCUGCUCAUGUUCACUUGUUUAUUUGUUUCUCUUUAAUUAUGUGUGUCUCUACCCCCCCCCCCCCCCCCACACACACACACACACGACACACACACGCACACACACACACACACAUGCCUCCAACCCAUUUCACUCUUUCCAUUUCUUUGCUGCCUCAUCGCAUCCGCCCCCUCUUUCAUUUCAUUAACCCAUUAACAUAAUGGCUCUUUCCUUUUUCAUGCAAUCCCAUCAAGACUCGGUUUCCCUUUUGGAGUCUUUUAUACAAAAAAAACGCAAAUGUAAAUGAUGUAUUAUUGAUAAAUUGUAAGGAUAUGAAUGGGGGGGAAAGAUAUUCUGAUAUCUCAUUUUUACCAGCAUUCUUGGUGCCAAGUACUGUGAUAAAGUUCCUCUCUCGCUGGCAUCCAGUGGACUGCCUGGAGAGGUCCACGCUGACUGUAUCUUAACUGAAGGAAUUACCAUCAUAAAAGUGCCAACCUUUUCAUUUUUGUUUUUGACAAACACACACACCACUGAUCCACUGUGGCUGGUCUCUUCUUUUAAAAGAUGAAAAAAAAACAUUUUAAAAUUCAGUAUAUCCUAAUUUAAGAAAAGAAGAUGGAGUUUUCUUAACUACAUUGCAUGAUGUUGUUUCUCCUUAAGAUUGUGGACCGGAACAUUUUUUUUUUAUUUUUUUUUUUAUGAGUUUGGCUACAUGACUUCAUAGAUAUUUUUUUAAAGCAAUUUUCUUCUUUCAAAAUCAGCUGCACUUUGUGGUACUUUGAAAAAUAUUAAAAUGUUAAGAGAUGAAUAUUGUUAAAAUUAUAACAGAGUAAAUAAUUCCUCUUAUUUUUUUUUCAAAUCCUAAAACAGAGGCUGUGCCCCAUUCCCACAACGACUUAUCCCUCAAGCCUCUUUUUGUUUAUUUUGCACUUUCUCUUAUCUUUUGCCAACAGUAAUGUUUGCACAGUCACCAUCUCUGAAUGACAUGUGAAGAAAACACUUUAUGUUCCAGGAAAUAAAAAAAAGAAACUUGACAUGGCUGUAAGUCUACAUUAGAUUUGUGGAUGUGACCAACAUUAGCCACAUGCUUUGCGUGUUUGAAAACUGCCUAACACCUAUCUUCUCACCUCCUUUGUUGCUUUCUUCAACCAAGCGGGAGAAUGAGAUCUAUUUAUGAUGGUGAGAACCUUGCAAAGUGCAUUUCACAUCACUUGCAGACCUGAAUAUGGACAGUUCUGAAGAAAACCCAUUGACAUUGCAACUGGACUGAAUCGUGAUUCAGUGAUGUGAUGGUGAAUUAGCUUGUCACCGCAAUCAAUGCACAGAGGGUGUGUUUUUAAAAAGCUGGUUUAAAAAAAACUUUAAUGUUAGGCAUUACUCAUAGUACAAAAUCAACGGGAAUGGGAUUCUCUCACUGUAAAUGUUCUGCAUCCUGUGUGCUGAAGAUAACACAUGGGAGCCCAGGACUGCCAUUCCUUACAGGACUUGAGAGGACAAAAAAAAAAAAAAAAAGAAAGAUACAAAAACCAACAUACGGACAAAACUGUACAUUUUUUAAAUGUAAGAGGACAAACUGGGAUUUGUAAAUAUUAUUUGUUGUUUGGUUUUGAUUGACUGGCCGAACCUUCUGUUUGUGACAACAGGUGCAAAGUUUAGAUGAUUUACUUCAUUUUAGCUCUUGUGUAUGUUUAAUUUGUCUUUUCUUCUAGAGCUCCUGAGCAAAUUCCCUAAGGUUAUGGGCACACGAGUAGCCUGCCUUUAAAGCAAAAAAAGGAAAGAAAAGAAAAUUGACAAAAGUUCAGGUCAGUAUCAACAUGAGAAGGAGCUCAGGUAAGCUUUCGUACUGUGGUAAUCAAACUGCGUAUGACGGUUCAAGGAAUUACAUCGAAUUAUCCCAUCAGUUGUGAAGACGGCUUUUGAAUCAAAGAACUCCUUUCAUUGGUUGGGAAGCCAAAGAACAGAUGAAGGAAAUGAGUCAGAAAAGAAGAGAUAAGGCGGAUAUUUGAAAUGUGCUCCAAACAAACCAUGGCAUAUUAUCUGUGAUGCUGUUGGGUUUAAUUGUUAGUGUUUCACAUUGUCUUGAAUUGUCAUACGGUAUAACCUGUCAUUAGAAGGUUGUAAAAUGUGUGAUGCCCUUUCAGGAUCUUUCCACAGUGAUUGGUUUGCUUAUCUUUUGCAAUUUUGUCUGCACAAUGUUUAUAGGUUGGUUCAAAAGAUCCUCAUAAGUUUGUCAGGAGUUUGUUUGUAUUGACCGCUCUUUUAAAAUGACAUAAGGGAAGGAUGUACAAGGUCAACGGGAAAUGGAAGCACACUCACCAAGUUUACAUAUUUACACUGAACAGUUUCGAUGUUGGCAUUUGGUAGUGAGAAGGUGGGGAGCGUUAAAAAUGUGGCAAUUUAUUUCUAGUAGUACAACAUUUGUUGCUAGACUGGUAAAAAAAAAAAAAAAAGAAGAAGAAAGCUUGCACCUGUUUGUCUUGUUUAUUUAGUCUGAUUCAGUAACAUUGCUUGAAGCUCCAGAUACUGUGAGAGAGCAUCAUGACCACACAGGGGUUGAAAUAAUUAAAGUUAAUAUUUCUAUUUCAAAUAGAGGCUAUUACACACUGUAUGUUGUGUAUCUGAACUGGAAAACAUUAAAAACAAACAUUGUUAAACAA